AGUCUCUUGCAGCUAUCAAGUGAAGCCCUCGGUGCAUGCAGUUUGAACCUGACCAUCUGAAAGAGGACAGGAAACCCCCCCCACUCCCAGAUCAGAGGACAUUGAUACCCUCCCGUCCAUCGUUUGAUGGACUCCACGAAGACCAACCCCACGCCGCUGCCUGGGGGCAUUCAGAAAGGCCGUCAGCGAACCAUCACUGCAUGCCUGACAUGUCGUCGUCGGAAAGUCAAGUGCGACCAUGUGCAGCCAGUCUGUUCCCCAUGUCAGCGAGGCAAUCGAGUUUGCACAUACGUGAAUCCUCAAGUGUCGUCGCAGGCGCAGCCCCACUCGACGGCCAACCGUGUGUCGCGAUCUAAUCUGCGCUCCGGCCAAGAUGAGAUCAGAAGCCGUUUGGAGAGGUUGGAAAAGCUGCUGGAAAGGGCGAUCGAGGGCGGUGUUAAUGCUAACGCCCCACCGCCGACGGAUGCGCAGGCUUCUGGUCCCGACGCGUCGCAGGAUGGAGAGCAAAAAGGUGUCGCUAGCAUUGCGAUGCCAGACCGUGGGAACGAAACUUUGUCUGCUGAUGGAUACGAUGGUGCCUUGCUACUAGAACCGGAAAGCGGCCAGUCACGGUGGGUCUCAUCCCUGCACUACGCGCUGCUCGCGGACGAGAUUCACGAUGUGAAAAUGUUACUCGGGGACCAGGCUCGGAGCGUUCCUGGGGAAAGCCCAUCCUCCGAACGGGAUACCACUCCAUUUCCGUUUUCCAACACCGGCGUUGACAGCCUUACGCCUUGGCUCCCCAGAUCCGCAGAGGAUUGCUUUGAAUAUCUAAAGAUAUUCUUCUCCAAUGUUGAUCCGAUGACACGUCUGGUGCACAAACCUUCUCUCCGACGACGCAUUGCGCUUUACGUCAACCAAACAUACGCCAUGAACCAGGACGCGGGCGAAGAAAGUGAAGAAUCUGUGCCGGACCCCUCGAUCCACUCAUUUGAGCCCUUGGCCUUGGCUGUUUUCUAUUCAGCUGUCAACAGCCUGCCACCAGAAACCGUACUCGCGCAAUUUUCUGCAGACAAGGAAACGCUGCUGGCUCAGUUCCAAAGGGGAGUGGAGCUAGGACUUGGGAGGGAGGGCUUUUUGACAACCCCGAACAUCGAAGUCCUGCAAGCGUUUGUUUUGCUUUUGACCUGCCAGUCACGAGAAGAUGACAUGUCAAGAACAUGGACUCUACUUGGUCUUGCUGUUAGAAUGGCACUCUCGCAAGGCCUUCACAGGGAACCUUCUUUAUUCCCUUCAAAAAACAUGGAUGUCGUUCAGGUGGAGAUUCGCCGGCGAUUAUGGCAUCAAAUAUGUCAUCUCGACUUCAGGUCAGCUGAAGCCAGAGGGCAGGAGCCAACCAUCGCCGACGAAGAUUACACAACUCUGUUACCCAGGAAUAUUGACGAUGAAGAGCUUGUCGAAGGAGCACACCUCACUACCGAUACGUAUUCGCCACCGGGAUUUACAGACAUGACGGGACACCUCAUUCGAUUAAACGGAAUCCACUGCUUCAGGAGAAUUGUGCGAAGUACUUACCGCCUAGAACGACGGCUAAAGUCUUCGGCCGUUCAAGGAAAUCCCAGCUUGUAUCCAAUUGCGGAGCUCCAGGCCCUUUUCAUCGAAGUCCGUAAUAUGGUGGGCGACAUGGCCUCGCACAUUGAAACCGAAUAUCUGCAGUUCUGCGACGCCAAUAUACCAAUGCAGCGCCUUGCGCUUGGACUUUCGGCUGUAAUUGAAUGGAGGUGCUGGUCAAUCUUCUGGCUACGCACCCCGAAACAAUACCGUGAGGCGGUGGUCACCCCAGAUAUCCGACAAACCGUAUUGGAAAAAUCUGUAAGCUUGAUGGAAAGCAUGAAUAUGAUUCCGGACGACAAAGACGCUCAAAGAUUUCAAUGGCAUAUCGGAGGUCACUCCUGCUUCCAGGCAAUAAUGCAUAUCGUGUCUGAGUUAGAAACACCAGAGUUCCAGGCGGCUGAUCACAGUAUCCUUCGCUCUCGUGCCCUGACCGUCCUGCGUGAUACAAUGAACAUGAAGGGACGUGAAAUGAGCUCGAUAUGGAAUGUUAUCAACCGGAUAAUCUCAAAUUGUUUGGCCAAGAACUCUCAACAAACAUUCCCUUUGACACCAUAUUCGGCUCUCUUCCCUCCUAACGGAAUAAUACCCGACAUCAGCACAACAGCAACCAUGGCAGCCCCUCAGACAUUUGCAGAGACGCCUGCAGCACAAGGGAGCUCGGUGAUAGGUGCCCCAUUGCCCGAUAUUGGUGACCUAGGAAACCUCGAUAUGCAGGAUGUAUCCAUGUCAUUUGACUGGGGAUUUUGGAACUUUGAUCCCACUGAUAUUAACUCAUAUUAGUGUCUUGCUGGACGCUUGCGAAAGUUACUUCUAUUGGUAAUUCAAAUUGUGUCUAACGAUUGAUAAGAAAGAUAGGCCUCCACAUCUUGGUUGUGGACUGUCGACCAGGGAAGCCGCCAUCAACGUGAUACCAUUUCAUAGAACAACGAAAAACAAUGGAAUGCAUCAAAAAAGAAAAGUUUCACUCAAACGAAGGACUCUGCGCCUCAUACGCUGUAUACCCGGGGACUAUAAUACAUGGUCAUAUAAACGCCUUUCUGCUUCUUAUAGGAAAAUGACAGUGUUCCUAGGCCUUUUGUUCAGGGGAACGGGAGAACUUACAACAAAUCUUCAAGAUCUUUGGAAUAUCCUCGCUCCAGUUGAUUCCAUCCCAGCUUUCCAAAGAAUUUCUGCAGUCUCCCAGCGAUCUGUAUAUCAUUUUCACAAUAAUGUCUGACAGGAAGAUACACCUUGGGUUCCGGGAACCAUUUGCCCGGCCGCAGCUCGAAAUUGAAGAUUGUUCCCGCUGUCCGGUGGUCGUUCUGUGGCAGGUCUGCAUUUUCGUCCGCGACGUCAAAUAUUGUUCUCCACAGCUCGUCCAGCAGCUUUACGGCUUCGGUGGUGUUCUCGUCUAUCAAGCGACCCCCAAGGCAAUAUGCCUCUUUUACCUCCCGCAGCGCGGUGUGAGGGAUGCGUACAUAUAUCUUGAUUCGAGACUCAGCUUCAUCCACACAAUCCACGCUGAUCAUCUCUGCCUUAGCUGCUCCAUUCAAGCUCGCCAUCCACGCCUCAAGCACGGAUAAAGCUGUAAUCGCUUGAGGACCCCAGAGACUGCUUUUUUGUGCCAGCCGCAGAAUCGAGUCCGAAAUCACUUUCGUUGUGCUCUGUCCAGUGAUCAUCGCCUUCAAAAUGGGAAAGAAAUAGGCUUUGCUGGUCACGCCACCGGCGUCCAAGUCGAAUGCAAGGAAGCUUUGUGUGGUGUGUUCGCCGCUUGGAAGUUUGUCUCGGAAUUGAGGGUGUACAUCGGGGGACACGAAAAGCUCGGCACGGAAAUGUUCGAACAUGGACAAAUUCGCACCGACUUCUGAUGCGGCAUACGAGUGCAUGAACCGCAUGACCGCGGCUUGGUUGAAUGGAUCUGCGGCCGAGCCUGCAUCGAAACCGACAGGCUCAACACCAAGUCGAAUUGUACUUUGGGACUCGGCAUUUCCAUUCACAUUCCAACUGGGCUCGAGUGGGGAGAAGUCGUCAGUCAGGAAAGAUCGCCAGGGUGCGUUGGCCGGAGACGGCUGGACAGAGUUCUCGAGCGGCGGGCGUGGGCCAAGUAGGGGUAAAAUGUGGGUGUGAUAAAGAAGCAGGUACUUGUAAUGGGUAUACAAGGGAUAAUCUGCCUUCGAAAGGAGCUUGCUCAUCAACGGACCAGUUUCUCGCCACCAGAAUGCCGUGGAAGAAGUGGGAGCAGGCAGUGGAAGGGCCGUCGUGAGUACGUCGUAUGGAGUGAAAAAAGCAAGCGACAAACUGUCUCUCGUGUCGGUGUCACCAUUCGUCAACUUCUUCUGCAUC